GUCAGGGUCAAACAUAUGAGAUAUACGUAUAAAAACCCACGUCCUGUACGGCUGAUACACAGGGACGUGAAUCACGACCGAGUCGCAGUUAUGUUCUUGCUUGUUAGCUGUCUUGCUCUCGUGGCCUCUGCACUGGGGUGUGGAGUGCCUAGUAUUAAGCCCCAGGUCAGUGCUUACAACAAGAUUGUAAAUGGGGAGACAGCUGUGUCUGGGUCAUGGCCCUGGCAGGUUUCACUUCAGGAUGGUAGAGGAUUCCACUUCUGUGGAGGAUCCCUGAUUAACCAGUACUGGGUUGUCACUGCUGCUCACUGCACUGUGUCUCCAAGAAGCCACCGUGUUAUCCUGGGAGAGCAUGAUCGUCAGACAAAUAGUGAACCAAUUCAGGUCAUGAGCAUUUCCAGGGCCAUCACACACCCCCACUACAACUCUAGAAACUUUAACAACGACAUCACUCUUCUGAGGCUCUCAUCUCCAGUUCAGAUGACUUCCCGUGUGUCUCCAGUCUGUCUGGCCUCCUCCAGCACCAGCGUGCCUUCUGGAACCAGAUGUGUCACCACUGGUUGGGGAAGGACUGGGCAAACCUCAAGCCCUCGCUUCCUCCAGCAGACUGCCCUCCCUCUGCUCAGCCCUGAGCAGUGCAAGAGUUAUUGGGGUUACAACAGAAUCACUGAUGCCAUGAUCUGUGCCGGUGCUUCUGGAGUGUCCUCCUGCCAGGGUGACUCUGGUGGCCCUCUGGUCUGUGAGAGGAGUGGUGUGUGGUCCCUUAUGGGUAUUGUAUCCUGGGGAACCUCCAACUGCGACGUGCGCACUCCUGCCGUGUACGCACGUGUGUCCUACCUGCGCAGCUGGAUCGACCAAACCAUUGCUUACAACUAAGCUGUUCCUCAAUGAGUCAUUCCAUUCAGUUUCUACUAUUUCUACUGGCAUUGAGAAAUAUUGAGCUGUUGCUUGGUGCAUUUUGGAGAAAUCACUUUACAUUAAAUUGAACGUGUAAAGAGA